AUGAGAUGGAGAGCGCGCAAAGAAGCUCGAUCUGCCAGAGCUAUUGAAUCAAGUAUCCAAUUCCAGGCUCUCCGUGGAUGGGUCCGACGAGCUCGCAAACGACUUCACUUAUUUCGAAAAAACGAUGUGGACAUCGAAACGAAUUUCCGAGAAGCAAUACGAGAAAAUCCAGAAGAAGAGGAAGAAAAGUCUGGAAUCUUUCACUUUACCGUUGACGAGCACUCGAAUUCCUUCUAUCUCUGGACUUGUCUUAUCAGUCUCGUCGCCAUGCACCCUCUCAUCUUCACUGCUCUUUCAGUCUUCAACGAUAUUCAUCCGUUUCUUCGAAGAACUGGACCGUUCAAUUUGAUAUUCGACUUGUUGAAUAUAAUGGACUUGAUUGUGCACACAAGAAUUGAAUAUGUGGAGAAUGGCGUGGCAGUGAAGAAUUUGUCAAAGUUGAUGCAUCACAGAUUGAAGUCGAAAUUCUUCAUUCUGGACGUGAUUGCAGUGGUGCCUGCUGAGUCGUUGGAAGUUUUUGGGCAGAGUUUCUUCUGGGCAAGGAUUAAUAGGCUGACGAAGUGCUACCGUCUAUUCGACUUCUCCACUCAAACCGACACCCGAACAACGUCUCCUCACGCAUUCGGCCUCUUCAAACUCAUUUUUAUUUGUCUUGUCAUUUUCCACUGGAAUGGAUGCCUCUAUUUUCAUAUCAGCAAGUUCUAUAAUUAUACAACUGCGAGGCUGGAGCAUUGGAUAUUCUCAUAUGACAAAAUUAUCAACCCAAUCCUUGCUGCAUGUGUCACGGAUAUCCCUAACGACAAAGACUUUUGUGAUACCGAUGACUUUCUGAUAACUCACCUGCCGGAUAAUGAAGUGCAAAGUACCGUAACCAGUUUUAUGGACACUUGGAACAAUAAAACCAGAACCCUGAAAUUCGACAACUUUUUCCGUCAAUACGCCCUAAGUUUCUAUUGGUCUGCACUCACUUUGGUGACACUUGGCGAGCAGCCAUCUCCAUGUACAACAUUCCAGAAUGCGUUUGAAAUUGGGGAUACUCUUCUGGGAUUAGUCAUUUUUGCGGUUAUUGUGGGAGAUGUUGGUAACAUGGUGGUGGCGAUAAAUUUGAGGAAAUCAGAGUUUGAGAAUGUGCUGGAUGGAUGCAAACGGUUCAUGGUUUACAGAAAGGUCCCCAACCUUCUCCGAAAAAAGGCGGUCGAGUACUUUGGCUAUGUCUGGGCUCAUGGUGGAGCACAAGUUGAUGAAGAAGAAAUCGCCGAGUUCCUUCCACCCCGACUCUUCGGUGAAAUCGCGGUGGAGAUUCACAUGGACACUUUGAAAAAAGUCAAGUUGUUUGAGGAUUGUGACCCGAGACUGUUGUAUGAGCUCAUUUUGAAGCUACAACUACGAGUGUACAGCCCCAUGGACUACAUCUGCAAAAAAGGAGAAGUCGGAACUGAAAUGUACAUUGUCAAGGAGGGUUUUGUGGAGGUUGUCAGUGAGGAUGGCCAGACGAUCUUUGUAACACUUCCCGCCGGGUUUGUGUUCGGCGAGUUGUCGAUUCUGAAUAUUCCAGGGAACAAGAAUAAGAAUUUAAGGACUGCUUCGGUUAGGUCCAAAGGAUACUCUGAUUUAUAUGUUCUGGAUAAGGAAGACCUUUGGGAAGCGCUCCGAGAGUAUCCACAGGCCAAGGACUCUCUGAUAGAAAAGGGGAUUCAGAUUCUGGAAAAGGAUAAAAUGAUUGACCCGAAUAUGGUAGAUGAUGAGGAAGGAGACUUCGGAGGGUCUAUCGAGGAGUAUUUGGAACAUUUGGAGAAGGAGAUUCUGAAAAUAACAACGAUUGUGGAUGACGCGGAGAAGAGUAUUCAUACGUCUCAACAAAGAAUGAAAACUCGAUUGUUCGGAAUGGAAAUGGAGCUGAUUGGGGAGAUGAGAAGAAUGGGAAAGGGGAGGAAGAAUCGAUGGAAGGGAGUGACGACGUUCUAG